AUGAAUAUGUUACCUUACAUGGUCCUGCCCACGGCCUUCAGCGACCUCCUGCAGCAGGUGGGGGAUGUCGGCCGCUUCCAGCAGAUCCAGGUCACUCUGGUGGUCCUCCCCCUGCUCCUGAUGGCCUCCCACAACACCCUGCAGAACUUCACCGCUGCCAUCCCCACCCACCACUGCCGCCCGCCUGCCGACGCCAACCUCAGCAAGGACGGGGAGCUGGAGGCCUGGCUGCCCCGGGACAGGCAGGGGCAGCCGGAGUCCUGCCUCCUCUUCACCAUCCCCCAACAGGGACCGCCUUUUCCCAACGGCACGGGGGCCACAGAGCCCUGCACCAACGGCUGGAUCUAUGACAACGGCACCUUCCCUUCCACCAUCGUGACUGAGUGGGACCUUGUGUGCACACACAAGACCUUGCCCCAGUUGAGCCAAUCCAUCUUCAUGGCAGGAAUGCUAGUUGCAAGCUUGAUGUUUGGGACCUUGGCAGGCAGGCUGGGCUCCCCGAAGGUGCUGAUCUGGACCGAUCUGCAGUUAGUGGUGUCUCCUGCCUUCACACCCAACUUGCCCCCCUACUGUGCUUGCCGCUUCCUCUCGGGCAUGGCUAUGAAUGGCAUCAGCAGCAACUCUCUGAUGUUGAGCCUGGAGUGGCUGCCCAUCCAUGCCCGACCAGGUCUGAGCCUCCUAAUUGGAUUUGUACCCUGACUUGGCCAGUUCUCUGCUGGCGUGGCUUAUGCUGUGCCCCACUGGCCACCACCUGCGCUGUUGGUCUCUCUGCCUUUCUUUGUCUUCUCCAUCUACUCCAGGUUCUUCAUUGAGUCUGCCCUCUGGUACUCCUUCUUGGGGAGGUUGAAUCUCACCCCAAUGGCCCUGCAGAGAGUGACCCAGAUCAAUGGGAAGCAGGAAGAGGAUGCCAAGCUGAGUAGGAGCCUCGCCUUCCGAGUCCAGGGCUUCUCCGACCCUGGCUCCGCCUCUCCGCCCUGUACCAGGUUUGAUCCUAAGGCCCCAUCACCUGGUCCCACCUCUGCUGGGAUCGUCCGUACCUACCCGGCCAUGUCCUUCAGAUUCUCCACUUGCUUCACCCUCCCCUGCUGGUCGGACGACUGGUUCGGGACCAUCCUCACCUGGGGGAGCCACGGAACCCUGACUCCCACCACCCCCAUCCACCUUCAGGCCCCCCAAGAUGGACUGAACCAGGUUGCUGGCCAGACGGACAAGCUGGAUGCCAAGAUAGGAGGCCUUAGCCCCUACAGCUCCUAG